UCAGUCUCCCACAUUGCCUCCCCAAGCGUGCCCACCCACACACUGGUCUGCGACUGCCGGAGGUAGAGUGCCAAUCGACAUGGCGCGCAAGGUCUCGUCGUGCCCCUCGCUGGUGGUUGCCGUCGUCGUCGCCGCCGCGAGCCUCGCCGCGACGGCCCGGGCGCAAUGGAUCAGGGGCUCGGCGACGUUCUACGGCGGGGCCGACGCCUCCGGCACGAUGGGUGGCGCGUGCGGGUACGGCAACCUGUACUCGACGGGGUACGGGACGAACACGGCGGCGCUGAGCUCGUCGCUGUUCAAGGACGGGGCGGCGUGCGGGGAGUGCUACCAGGUCAUGUGCGACCAGCAGAACAGCCAGUGGUGCCGCCCGGGCGUGACGGUGACCGUCACGGCGACCAACCUGUGCCCGCCGGACUGGUCCAAGGCCAACAACAACGGCGGCUGGUGCAACCCGCCGCGGCAGCACUUCGACAUGGCGCAGCCGGCCUGGGAGAAGAUCGGCGUCUACCGCGGCGGAUACGUCCCGGUCAUGUACCAGAGGGUGUCGUGCUCGCGGAGCGGCGGCGUGCGGUUCACCAUCAACGGCAACAACUACUUCGAGCUGGUGCUCAUCACCAACGUGGCCGGCCCGGGGUCCGUCAAGUCGGUGCAGAUCAAGGGCUCCCGGACGGGGUGGGUCACCAUGUCCCGGAACUGGGGCGCCAGCUGGCAGGCCAACAACUACCUCAACGGCCAGAGCAUCUCCUUCCGGGUCACCGCCACCAACGGCCAGACGAUCGAGUUCUGGGGCGUCGCGGGCUCCAACUGGCAGUUCGGCCAGACCUUCACCAACGGCCAGAAUUUCUACUAGCGGCGGCGCGCCGGCGCGCCGCCACGCCGGCCACCGGCUCUCCUGUUUUCCCUUCAAUUUUGCAUCUGGAAACUUGCCAAAAGAAAAAACUGGCCUUAAUUAGUAGCGUCAUUGUGAUGGAAAUGUUAGUGACUGGAUUAGCGGCUAGGUCGUAUGCGUAAUGCGGUUGGCAUGGCAGAGGUGGGGUUCCUGGGUCUCCGUCCAUCCGGCCGCCCGGACUGAUCGAGUGCCCGCCAUGCCUAUACUGCUUUUAAGGAUGAUUAUUGUUGCUGGAUUAAAAAAACCAAAAAAUGAGAAAACAAAAGGAGUUGAUUC